UAAUUAACAGUUUUGUCCAAAUGUCUGCACACACACAUAUUUUUUACCAAAUGAUAAACUGAGACAGUUGAGUUCAUUGUGUACGGACUAAAUUCAUGAACCGUAUAUUUUUUUAGAUCAAUGGUGACAAAUUUUAUUGAAUUUGACAGGCCCAUAUCAUAAAUAGCUAGUAUUUCAAUUCUCUUUCUCUUCUCUUCUUCUUUGUCUUCACUCUUAAUUAUUUUGUGCUAACAUGUCUCUAAUUCUCCUAAAUUCAUUGUCUUUUUUCAGAAAUUAUGUGCUAUUUAUAUUAUUUGUUGAUUCACUCAAAAGGGUAAUUAGUAUUCACUGAUUGACUCAAAAGGGUAUCAAUAUUUUUGCAAUUUUAAGUAGUGAAAUCUCCUUUUUUGUUGCUAUAAAUUCUAUAUAAGUUUCAAAGUUAGGUUCUUUUUUGUUUUUUUAGGCUCUUAAAUGGAUAAUAGAAUAGGGUUUUCUGAUUCAAAUGAGAUCAGCAAUGGAAGCAGUAGUUGCUGUAUAGAAACCCAUUCAGUACCAAAUCCAUCAAACCCUGAAUUAUCAGCUCUUCACCAGCUUUCAAAGAGUCUUGAAUCAGUCUUUGACUCAUCUGAUUUUGACUUUUUUGCUGAUGCCAAGAUUAUAAUCUCAGCCUCUAAUAGAGAGGUUCCAGUCCACAGGUGCAUUUUAUCUUCUAGGAGUCCUUUUUUUAAGGCUAUUUUUUGUUCAAAUAAAGAGAAGGGUGUUGUCAAAUUUGAGUUGAAGGAGUUGGCUAAGGAUUAUGAUGUUGGAUUUGAUUCAGUUGUGGCUGUUUUGGGGUAUUUGUAUAGUGGGAAAGUGAGACCUUUGCCUAAAGGUGUUUGUGUUUGUGUUGAUGAAGUUUGCUCCCAUGUUGCUUGUAGACCUGCUGUUGAUUUUAUGGUGGAGGUUCUUUAUGCAUCGUUUAUUUUUCAGGUGCCUGAGUUGGUGGCUCUCUAUCAGAGGCACCUUCUAGACAUUCUUGACAAGGUUGCAGUUGAUGAUAUUUUGGCAGUUCUAUCGAUUGCAGAUAUCUGUGGUAAAGCUUGUGAGAGAUUGUUGACAAGAUGUAUCGAGAUAAUUGUGAAGUCCAAUGCUGAUGUUGUAACUCUUGAGAAGGCCUUAUCCCAACACAUUGUAAAGCAAAUAACUGAUUCUCGCCAAGAACUCGGGUUAAAUACACCUGAAAGUACUAUUUAUCCUGAUAAACACGUAAAGAGAAUUCAUCGAGCCUUGGACUCGGAUGAUGUCGAGUUAGUUAGAAUGCUGCUGAAAGAGGGGCAUACUAAUUUGGAUGAUGCACACGCACUCCAUUAUGCUGUUGCGUACUGUGACGCAAAAACUACAACAGAGCUUCUUGAUCUCGGAAUUGCUGAUGUUAACAGUAGAAACUUAAGGGGCUACUCUGUGCUUCAUAUUGCUGCAAUGAGGAAAGAGCCUAAGAUUAUAGUAUCUCUCUUAACGAAGGGAGCUCGGCCGUCAGAUCUCACUUCAGAUGGUAGAAAAGCAAUUCAAAUCUCAAAACGGCUUACUAGAGCCGCAGAUUACUAUAGGUCUAUUGAGGAAGGAAAAGCUUCUCCUAAGGAAAGAUUAUGCAUAGAGAUACUGGAGCAAGCAGAAAGAAGAGAUCCGUUGCACGGAGAGGCUUCUCUUUCUCUUGCAAUGGCCGGUGACGACCUGAGGAUGAAAUUAUUAUACCUUGAAAAUAGAGUUGGACUGGCGAAACUUAUAUUUCCCAUGGAAGCAAAAGUUGCAAUGGACAUUGCUCAUGUGGAUGGCACAUAUGAAUUUCCAUUAACAAACGCCAGGCCUAUAAACUCUGUUCCUGCGCAGAGGACUACUGUGGACUUGAAUGAGGCACCUUUUAUAAUUCAAGAGGAGCAUCUGAAUAGGAUGAGAGCACUCUCGAGAACAGUUGAACUGGGGAAACGGUUUUUCCCUCGGUGCUCAGAUGUACUGAAUAGGAUCAUGGACGCGGAGGACUUAUCGCAGCUGGCGUAUGUAGGAAACGAUACAGAAGAAGAACGACACAAGAAGAAACAAAGAUAUAUGGAACUUCAAGAUCUUCUAAGUAAUGCAUUUAAUGAGGAUAAACAAGAGUUUGAUAGGUCUAACAUUUCAUCUUCUUCAUCUUCUAAAUCAAUAGGUGCGGUUCGAUCUAAUAGUAAACUCCGUAAUAGAUGUGGCAAGUCUUAAAUUACUCUACUCUGUAUUAUAUAGAGAUUCAUUUACUCUCUUUUUCUUCCAUUUUUGAUCCUAUAUUCCUUCUCUCUGCAAUAUAAUACUAAGCUGUUAAUCAGACAGCUAGAGACGGAAUAAUUUCAUGUUCUGUAAAUAUUUAAAAUCUUUAUAAGUUUCUUUGCAUACUAUCAA